GAUAACUCCAUCACCCACAACCAUGUCCGGCUCAAAACCCGAGUUUCUGCGCUUCACAGGCCACCGCGCCUUCACCCAGCGGUUGGUCCUCGCGACGCUGACCGGCCGACCGAUUCACAUCUCCAAGAUCCGUUCGUCUUCCCCGACCAACCCCGGGCUCGCCCCGCACGAGGUCUCCUUUCUGCGGCUCCUCGAGGCCGUCACCAACGGCAGCGUCAUCGACGUGUCCUACACCGGCACGACCAUAACAUACCAACCGGGUCUCAUCACGGGCACCGCGCCGGGCGUGAGUGCCUCCCUCGAAACCGAUGUCAUCGAGCACGUCCUGCCCGCCAACUGCACCCGCUCCAUCACCUACUUCCUCCUCCCCCUCGCCCUCCUGGCGCCCUUCUCCAAGGCACACAUGAACGUGCGCUUCUCCGGCCCGGGCGUCAUCACCUCGGCCACCUCGGCCACGACGGGCGACCUCUCGAUCGACACAUUCCGCACGGCCGUGCUGCCGCUGUACGGGCUCUUCGGCAUCCCGCCCGCGCGCAUCGAGCUGCGCGUGCUGUCGCGCUCGUGUCCCGGCCCCGGCGGCAAGGGCGGCGGCGGCGUGGUGGAGAUGCGGUUCGCCAGCCAGGUGCGCCUGCCCAAGACGCUGCACCUGCACCGGCGGCCCGGCAGGAUACGGCGGAUCCGCGGCGUCGCCUACUGCACGGGAGUGUCGGCGAGCCACAACAACCGCAUGAUCACGGCCGCGCGCGGCGUGCUGAACCAGCUGGUCGCCGACGUGCACGUGGCCGCGCAGUACGACCCGGCGCCCCUGGUCGCCGAGAAGGGGAGCGCGCAGAAGAAGAAGAUCGGCAUCGGCUUCGGGCUGAGCCUGGUGGCCGAGUCGAGCGCGGACGGGGUCCUGUACUCGGCCGACGAAGUGGCGCCCCCGCAGGGCGGCGUGGUGCCCGAGGACAUCGGCACCAGGUGUGCCUACCAGCUGCUCGAGGUCAUCGCCCAGGGCGGGUGUGUGACCGCUGCGGCGGCGCCCACGGUGCUUACUCUGAUGGCCAUGGGCUCGGAAGACGUGGGUAGGUUACGAGUGGGCAGGGAAGUGGUGGCUCGUGAAGAGAUAAUAGGGCUGGCGAGGGAUCUGAAGCAGUUUGGGGCGAGUAGUUGGGGCAUACGGGAUGCGGGCGAUGAUGAGGGGGCGGGUGAUCUGAUAAUAUCGGUCAAGGGGACGGGAGUCGGGAACGUUGGCAGGAAGGUAGCAUAA